ACACAAAGGAUGGAGCACUAACAAAGCUAAAUCGCGAACGUUUGCAGAGCAGUCCAGACUCACAAGUCCUCUUCCUGUAAGACUUCUUCCUAACUGCGCAUACGACUUUGGUAUUUGCUCUUCGCGGCUUGAAACGGCCGGAAGCAUUACGGGUGGCAGAUACUUCUGGCGGGUCUAGCCUAGGACGGUUCUUAGGGGCGAGUAUCACGAAAAAUGGCUUCCUUAGGGCUUGCUCCUGGCCAACCGCGAGCACUAGCCUUUGCACCGGAUGGCGUUCGGACAGAUUUGCGUCUUCUUGAAGUGGACGAAGCAUUGCUUGCGGAGAUUAUCGCAAAAGGUGUCGCGGUAAAGGGUGGUGAGGAUGACGAGGCAGUGCUCGUCACUUCCAACAAGACUUAUGCAAUGAAGCAUGUGGAGACCACCAACCUGCAGCUGCUUGUGCGGCCAAAGGAGGGGAUGGAGGGGGCCGAGGAGAAGACCACGGGAGGAGGGCAGCGGUUCGCCAAUACUGGCUUUGGUCAGGGCCUUAUGACGCAGUGGGAGGGGUUCCGAGCCGCCUCAGGUGCCCCGGUGCUGGUGGAGGCCACCAACACGUCGCACAUCGAGCUAGUGGAGGUCGCCCCCCGCAUGGGCCCCCUGAGGGCCAUGCUGUGGGAGCGACCCUACGGGCUGGAGCAGGAGGGGGAGGAGAUGGAGGUGGACGGUACGGCAGCAGGAGGUGGAGGGGGGCGAGCAGGCGGGUACACGUUUGAGGAGCUGCUUGCAGCGGUGCAGGCCAGCCCCGGUGAGCUGCUGAGCGCUUUGGAGGCGGAGGGCGCCAUGCGGCUGUACGGCAGGUGGCGGGCGGUGGAGGGGAGCUACCUGGGGGGCCUGCUGGAGCUGCUGCUGCUCACGUGUGAGCAGGAGGGAAUGCCCACCUGUGCCGUACGCGAGGAAGUGGUGGCGGGCUCACUUGCGUCAGACGGCUACCACCCGGACGUUGUACGACACUGCCUCAAAGUGUACGGCAAGCGGGUGGAUGGAGGUGGUGGGAGUGGGGCCAGCAGCGGUACGGCAAGUACGACAGCAGGAGCGGGCGGCAGCAGCGGAGGAGGAGAGGAUGGGGCGGCAGGUAGUGGCGCCGUGUGGGCGCUGGACGAGGCCAAGGUCUGCGUGCACUUUGCUCAGAAGCUCCUGAGUACCGGCGGGGCAGCGGCAGCAGCUGGAAGAGGAGCAGGGACAGGGGCAGGCGGCACCGCUACCACUGGGGGCAGCAGCAGCAGGGGUAUGGGCCUGACUGAGUUCCUGGCGGCCUGGUCGCGUGCCGUACCGCACGGCAUGAAGCCCUCCCUGGACAUGGUACGAGCGGAGGCGCUGGUUGAAGGCAGCGGUCCCGAGGCCCGCAUCUUCCCCUUCCCCGCCUCCUCCUUGCCCGCCGACCCUGCUGCUCGCUUCGCCGCGCUCUUCCUCCGACGUCCCCGCUGGGAGUGGAGUGCACUGGAGCCGUACCUGGCGGGGAUCAAGGUUCCCGGCCAGUCGGUGGAGGCACUGCUGAUGAGGUUCGCACGAGCCAGCCAGCCCACCCCGUCUGCUCCCCUGGUUUACUCGGCGCGGUGAAGCAAGGUGGCAAGAGUCGAAAUUAUAGUACAGCCUACCGUGCGAUCCGCACGGUGAAGAGCUUCUACAGACCAUUUUCAUCCUCUUAUUAGUGGUUAACCUGAAAGAAUGUAAGACAGCCAUCCUCAUCCUGUGCACACGGGUGCGUAGAUAGGGGAUGCCCCAUCUUGCGGGUCCCCCACGCACCCCUGGCAUGCAUACAUGCAUAGAUGCGGAUACGCUUCCAUUGUGCAGUCAGCACGCACCGCAUGACCCAUACCGGACAUAGGCGGCGGCCACACGUGCAUGCAUGCAAGGAAGUACGGCCC